AUGAGGGAGUCUCCACCUUCAUACGCGGUGCACGGCAAGGGCGGCUUCGGAGUGAUGUGGGCAGAAAAUCCGCCCAAGAUCCUUGACGUGGGGUCGGCGCGCGUGGUGACGGCCGCGCUGUACUCGGCGGUGACGCUGACGUGCGCGGCGGAGGGCAACCGAACGCAGCGCCUUCCAGUGGCUGCAGCGGCCGCUGGGGCGCCGCAGGUGGUGCGCGAGGGCGCGCCGGCGGCGGUGUGGGUGGCGCGCGGGCAGGACGCCACGCUGCGCCUGGUGGUGUGCGCGGACCCGCGGCCGCGCUCCGCCGCCUGGGAGUGGGGGUCGCUGCGCCUCGAGGCCGGCUCCUCGCUCGGCAAGUACCGCGCCGACGAGCUGCAGCAGGACUCGCGCGACGACUGCUUCGUGGCGGCGCUGCACGUGACGGGGGCGGGGCCCGGCGACGCGCGCCGCUACUCGCUGCUGGUGGAGAACGAGCGUGGCGCCGACCGCUUUGGCCUGCAGCUCGCCGUGCGCGAGCCCGUGGACAUGGCGACGCUGCUGAGCGCGGCGGCGGGCAGCGUGCUGGUGCUUCUGCUGCUGGUGCUUGCUGCCGUGUGGGCCGUCCGCCGCGAGAAGUGCUGCUUCGCGCUAACUUCUAAUUGUAUGAUUGUUGAUAAGUUUUGUGAUAGAGAAUAA